AUGCCCGGUGGUUACCCAAUAAAUAAUAUACCUUCCCCGCCGGGAAAUGGAGGGAGUUACCUUGAGGAAGAAGUUGGACUUGAUGAAGAUGGAGAUGUAACUGUGUCCCUGCCAAAGGCUCUGAUUGUCACAGGAGUUGACAGUGCCAUCUUCGAGGAUGUAGAUGCAAAAGAUGAAUUUGAGAACCUUUUCAAGGCAUUUGAUGAUGAAGCAUUUGUUCAAUACUUGAAGUGUUUUCGGCGGGCACGAGUCGUGUUCAGUUCAGCUUUAUUGGCAGCAAAAGCAAGAAUCCAUCUCCAUGAGACAGAAUUAGGAGGAAAGACACUCAAGUGUUACUUUGCUCAGCCAACCAAAUGUCUUGGCAGCCAGGCACACCUUGAACCUCCAAAGCCUGUUCGACAACACUUGAUCUCCCCACCGGCUUCUCCACCUGUGGGAUGGGAACCCACCUUGGAGUCUGACCCUGUGAUAAACUAUGAUCUGUUGGCAGCAGUGGCCAACCUCAGUCCAGGUGAGGCCCAUGAACUUCAUCCACCAACAGAGGACCAGCCAGGUAUUGUCGUCCAUAUUUGCGAGGACCCAGAAGGAUUCAGAAGUCCUGGCGCACCUAAGCCACGGAUUGUUCAAACCAAGUGUCCUGACCGAGUGAAUUGA